CCUGACUUAAAUGUUUCACAAAUAUGCUCACUGUCUCGUCACAAUCAUUGUGCUUUUUUCCUCUGCUUCAUCUCUCUUCCUUGAUCUUAACGUCCACCAACAAUGUCGAUCACCGCAAGUCCACCGGCCGUCCGAUCUUUCUCUCUCUCACGAUCCUCAAGAAGGGUUAUACCACGGGCGAGGAUGGCAGUCAGAUCUAAUGUGAUAACAGUGGCACCCAUCUUGACAAAGUUGCAGAAGGACUGUGCCACCCCUUUGCCUGUCUUGCGCCAUGUAGCCGACGCCAUGGCUGCUGAUAUGCGUGAUGGGCUUGCCGUUGAUGGUGGUAGCGAUCUCAAGAUGAUUCUCAGCUAUGUUGAUUCCUUGCCAACUGGGAAUGAGACAGGAUUGUUUUAUGCACUGGACCUUGGUGGCACAAACUUCAGAGUGCUAAGAGUGCAACUAGGAGGGAAGGCUGAGCGUGUGGUGGCCACUGAAUUUGAGCAAGUGUCAAUCCCACAAGAUUUGAUGUUUGGCACCUCAGAGGAGCUUUUUGAUUUCAUUGCUUCUGGUCUGGCAAAAUUCGCACAAAAGGAAGGUGGAAAUUUUCAUCUGCCAUCUGGAAGGACAAGGGAAAUUGGAUUUACGUUUUCUUUUCCGGUGAAGCAGACUUCCAUUGCUUCAGGCAUUCUAAUGAAGUGGACGAAGGGUUUUGCAGUCUCUGGAACGGCAGGAAAAGAUGUUGUUGCUUGUCUGAAUGAAGCCUUGGAAAGGCAGAGACUAGAUAUGCAGGUGUCUGCCCUGGUUAAUGACACAGUGGGAACACUUGCUGGAGCCAGAUACUGGGAUGAUGAUGUCAUGGUUGCUGUCAUUCUGGGAACCGGAACGAAUGCUUGCUAUGUAGAAUGUGUAGAUGCUAUUCCUAAACUACAAGGCCAGAAAUCUACAUCUGGAAGAACGAUUGUGAAUACGGAGUGGGGAGCAUUCUCAAAUGGUCUUCCUUUGACCGAGUUUGAUAGAGAAAUGGAUGCUGAGAGUAUCAACUCGGGUGAGCAGAUAUUUGAGAAGACUAUCUCUGGCAUGUACCUUGGUGAAAUUGUAAGGCGAGUGCUGUUCAAGAUGGCUGAAGCAGGUGCUUUAUUUGGAGAAUCAGUUCCCGAAAAGUUAUCCAUACCAUUCGUUCUCAGGACCCCAGAUAUGUCUGCCAUGCAGCAGGAUAAUUCCAGAGAUCUCGAAGCUGUUGGAUCAAUCCUAUAUGAUGCAGCCGGGGUAAACUCGGAUUUGAGUGCAAGGAAGAUUGUCAUCGAGGUUUGUGACACUAUUGCAAAACGUGGUGGGCGAUUGGCUGGGGCCGGAAUUGUUGGGAUUCUCCAAAAGAUGGAUUCAGAAAGUUCCAUUUUUGGAAAGAGGACGGUGGUGGCAAUGGACGGAGGUUUGUAUGAACACUACCCCCAGUACAGAAGAUAUCUCCAAGAUGCUGUCACAGAACUACUGGGAUCAGAAAUAUCAAAGAACAUAGUCAUAGAACAUUCAAAAGAUGGGUCUGGGAUUGGGGCUGCACUCUUGGCUGCUACAAACUCUAAGUAUGACCAUGAUUUGUAAGUGAGAACCGAGACCGAAUCACGAAUAAAAGAAUUUAUAGUUCCUUGCAAUUCUUUUUUCUUAGGGUGAAGGAUGGCAGAUGGGAUUUUGCAAUUUAGUUUGGAUUCAGAAACAAGUGAUUGGGAAUAAAGAGGAUAUCAAGUGAAUGAAAUGUGAGUUUAGGAAUGAACUUCAAAGUUCUGUAAAUUAGCAGUAUCUGAAUACUUUGUAAUUUGUGAGAUGGACCAUCUCCUUCUGUAUCAACUGGUUCUAGUGUGUGGGUGGGAAAUCCCUCUAAUACAUUUUUUUCCCCAUUUUUUGUCUUCAUAGAUAACUUACCAUAAGUAAUAUGAUUCAUUGGAAGCUGUACUCUUAGAUCUGUUUUAUUUUUUUCUUCUUGUCCAAAACUCGGGUGUUACAUCCUCUAAAAUUUGGCAUUUUUGACCAUGUACGUUCUAUGGAUCUGUACAACACAACUUAUUAUAUAUUUGACAAUUCGUU